GCUGUGCUGCUGAUGUGGCCGGAGGCGGGGCUACAAAGAAGGGAUACGGGAAGAAAUCUGUGGGAUCUAAGCGGAGCAGGAGAGCCCUGAGAAGAGUGGGGUGCACGUCCAGGGUGAUCCGGGGAGAGGCCGGAGUCAGCUCGGGAUGUUUAGCCGUCUUUCUGGCAUUGCCAACACAGUCCUUCAUGAGCUUUCUGGUGAUGGCGAAGGAUCUGAACACACAAGGGACCCCGACCCUGGACCAGCAUCUGGAACUGGGGAGGAACUGUCAGAAGACCAGAUGGAAAGACUGGCGCAUUAUGAGCAGCUGGUGGUGCAGCUAAAAGAGUUGAUCCAGCAGAAGGACGUGGAGAUACACCACAAAGAUGCAGAGCUUCAGCAGAAGGAAAGCCAGAUCAAGUUGGAGAGAGAAGCUUCAGAUGCAAAAUUUGCAAAGCUGAAACUUCAGGCGAAAGCUAAAGUGACAACUCUGAACAAGCAGAUUGAAGAACUCAAGAGGACAGCAGCUGAUCAGACAAGCCAAGAGGGAAGUGAAGCAAAAAACCGUAAUGGACAAAAUGAGUCAACAAAAAGCGUAGAGUUUAACAAAGAUGCCAACUCAAAACUCCAGGAUAACAUUAAUGAACUCACAAGACAGCUACAUGAGAGUCAAAGUACCAUCAGUUUACUCACAAAACAGCUUUCAGAAAGUCCAGAAACUAUUGCUGGCCUGACAAAACAGCUUCAAGACAGUCAAGAAAGUGUGCAGGAGCUUACAAAAUCCCUCCAAGAAAGGGAGGAUGCUGCUAAAAGUCUUCAGGAGAAGCUGGAGCUUGAAACUCAACAACUACAGAGGACACUGGAGGAAAAGAAUGAAAGUCUCCACUCUCGCAAUCAGGUAGUGGAGAUGUUGGAGCAAGAACUACAGAGUGCUGAACUACAGAAGCAGGUUCUGUCAGAGCAGUUUCGCGAGAUGGAAAAAGAAUUGAUGUCUCUGCAAGAAUCUCUAGAUGUUGAACAAAAAGAAAGUUCUCAACAGGCUGCAUUGUACAAAGGCAUAGUGGAGGAGAAAGAUAUUUUAUGCCAGCAGUUACAGGAAGCUCUUGAUAAAGAUAAAGAUGCAGCAAGUGAAAUAGAAUGUCUGAAAUCCCAACUGGAGAAUGCAAAACUGCAACUGGGCUCUACACCACAGCCAGAUUUGGAACAAAUCCGAGUAGAACUACUAGGCGCACAAGAGGAGCUAGAAAGAUUAAGAGCAGAGCUGGAGAAAGAAAAAGGAGCUCAGGCAGAGUUACAGCAAUUAAGACCAGAGCUUGAAAAUGAAGAGGGUGCCCAGGAGGAGUUGCAGCAAUUAAGAGCAGAGCUUGAAAGAGAGAAGGGUACCCAGGUGGAGUUACAGCAACUAAGAGCAGAACUUGAGAAGGCGAAGGGUGACCAGGAGGAGUUUCAGCAGCUAAGAGCACAGCUUGAAAGAGAGAAGGGUACCCAGGAGGAGUUACAGCAACUAAGAGAAGAGCUGGAAAAGCAGAAGGGUGCCCAGGAGGAUUCGCCGCAACUAAAAGAAGAGCUUGAGAAAGGUGUUCAGGAGGAGUUGCAGCAACUAAGAGAACAGCUGGAAAAGCAGAAGGGUGCCCAGGAGGAGUUGCAGCAACUAAGAGCAGAGUUUGAGAAGGCAAAUAGUGCCCAGGAGGAGUUGCAGCAACUAAGAGAACAGCUUGAAAAGCAGAAGGGUGCCCAGGAGGAGUUGCAGCAACUAAGAGCAGAGUUUGAGAAGGCAAAUAGUGCCCAGGAGGAGUUGCAGCAACUAAGAGAACAGCUCGAAAAGCAGAAGGGUGCCCAGGAGGAGUUGCAGCAACUAAAAGAAGAGCUUGAGAAAGGUGUUCAGGAGGAGUUGCAGCAACUAAGAGAACAGCUUGAAAAGCAGAAGGGUGCCCAGGAGGAGUUGCAGCAACUAAGAGCAGAUUUUGAGAAGGCAAAUAGUGCCCAGGAGGAGUUGCAGCGUGUAAAAGCAGAAUUGGAACAGCAGAAAGAAACCCAAACCCAGAUGCACGUUGAGCUGGAAAGGUUGAAGGAAUCUAAUGAAGAGUUGUUGGUUAAAGCGGAAGGAGGUGAGCAAGAUACACACAAUAGAAAUGAACAUGAUGAACAUAAUAUGGAAAUUGAAGGUUUGAAAACUGAGUUAGAAAAGGGUAAAAAAAGGCAAGACAAGUUGUCCAGAAUGAAGGAAGAACUAAAAAGAGUGAAGGAUUCCCUUGAGGAAUUUGAUCAUGUGAAAGAAGAGAUUGAAAGAGGGCAGAAAAUAAUAAGUGAAUUGGAGAGGAUGAGAAAGGAGGUGGAAAGAAUAAGGGAAGCUGAGACUGAGAUAAAUACAUUGCAAGAAGGACAACAGCUUGUGAAAAAACGGCUAGAGCAGAGUAAUGUGGAAUCUGAAAAUCUUAGUGGACAGGAAUUAACUCGAGAGGAUCCAGCAAGUGGUGAAAAGGACUUGCAAACAGGUGAAGAUUCUGAUGCCAUAUCUACAGGAAGUUAUCAGGAAUCAGUAGCGAGUCACCAGGUGUUGCAGUCCACUAUUUUGAAUGUACAGACAAAUUUAGUAUCUCAAGAGCUUGUUCUUGAUGUUGCCAUUGAAGAUUUAAAGGAGAAGCAACUGUCUAUCCUCAUGAUGGACCUACUAGAUACUCAGGAAGAAAUUAAUAAGCUGAAAGGAGAACUGCCGGUGGAAGGAAAUCUAAAUGAACCAAGUGCACUCAAUGAGCAGGCCAUAGAAAAGAGUAAAUAUAUAUCAGAGGAAGCUGACACGUACAUCCAGACACAUGACUCUUCUGAUCUCAAAUACCAGAGUAUUAAUGCAGACAAAGAUAAUGAAAUUAUUUCAUUGAAAAAUACAGUUGCUGAGCUCCAAAAUCAAAUUGAGACUAUAACAUCUGAGAAGGCGCAAAUCUCAUUAAAGUUUGAGACACUUGUAAAUGAACAGACUACAGCUCAAAAAGUGCAGGCAUCAAUUGAACGUUUGGAGAUUGAAAAUCAACAACUGACUGACUAUGAAAGCCAAAAUAUACUUUUAGAACAAUUAAAGAGUUUGGAAAAUGAGUCCAAGUCUAAAGACUUAAAGAUCACCGCUUUACAGAAAGAUCUAGACCAUAUGAAUAUUCUACUGUCUGAGCGGAGUGAACUUUCAAAGCUACAAGAAAACCAGUUGGAAGAGAAGGAACGACACAUGGAAAGCCUAAAGGAGAUACUUGGCCUUAGUCAAAAUAAAGAGGUGAGACUGUCUGAGGAACUUGCAAAUAAUGAGCGUGAAAAAGUCUUACUUCAAGAACUGCUUUCACAAAAAACUAUAGAAAUUCAAGGCCUUCAAGAAUCCAUUUCAGAGAAGGAUCGACAAGUUGAAGAGAUAAGCCUCAGCUUUUCUGAUAAGGUGGUACUUCUAAAUGAGGAGAAAUAUUCCAUGAGUAAGCAGAUAAAAACCCUGAAGGAACAGCUGAACUCAACCAUCCAGGAUCAAGGGGAGGGUGAAGAAUUACUACAGGCAUUGAGAACAGAAAAUAUAGAAAUACAUUUACAAAUAGAAAAGGUAGCUAAAGAGAAAUGUCACUUUCAGGAAAUGUUUGAAUCUGUUCAGAGUGAGCUUGGUGAGUUGAACAGUCAGUUGGAAACUGUAAAAUUGAAGCAUUCCGAGAGCCAGGAAAUUAUUAAAUUUGCCCAGGAAGAGCGAGAAGUGCUGCAGAUAAAAUUACAAGAUCAGAAAAAUGAACUCUUGAAGAAACAGAAGGAAUUUGAAGAGCUGCAUAUUCAGUUAGAUACUCAAAUGAAUAACUAUGUACAGCAGCUGCAACUCCUAACGGAACAACAACAGAGUAGUUUGGAAGUAAUUGAUAGUUUGCAACGUGAAAAGACUGCAUUAGAGUGUCAGUUACAGGCUUACCUAAACAAAUCAGAACAUGAGGUAGAAUUAAAUGAAAAAGGGGAACUUCAGGCUCAACUAGAAGAUCAUAAAAAAGAGAUUGAGCAGCUGAAAAGAAAGUUACAAGCCUCACUAGUUAGCAAAAAAGAGCUGAAUCGCAAAAUCUCUAAACUAGAGAAACAAACUGUUAACCGUGCAGUGAACCAAGCCAAAGACUUUACUAGCAGUGUUGAUCCGGAUGUAAAAUCCCUUGUUGAAGAGGUAUCUGAACAAAGCAUCAUCGAAGAUGGUCUAAAACAGCAACUGAAUGAAAGAGAAUCUGACCUGGAAACUUGUCGUAAAGAACUGGCUGAAAAAAGUGCAGCUAAUGAGCAGUUUCAGAACUUGAUUGAAGAAUUAACUUUAGAGCUAAGAGAGAAAUCAAAACAGAUUGAGUCUUUAAAAAGUGAGCAGACAGAGAGACCUUCAGCAGAAUCUCCUCUGUCAGAUGCAGUAAAUGCUGAGAUUAACGAGACAAGAAUUCAACUUGAAAACCGAAUCGCAACUCUUGAGCAAGACAAAGAGAUCUUGCAGAAAAAAGUUCAGGAGGUUUUGAACUCUCGCAGAGAUACCAUUAAAAAGGCACAAGAAAAAGACCGCCACCAUCGUGAACAGCUAAAGCAGCAGAAAGAAGAAUUUAAUUUAUUGCAAGAAAAGUAUGAAAAACUACAAUUAAAUCGAAGGGAACAUCAGACUGAUGAAGUAGUCCUUGAAGAAAGAGAUACACAAAAUUUAAGGCCAUGUAUAUCAGGAAAGCCACAAAAUAGUAAUAUAUCUGAACAUCUUAUUUCCAUAUCUAUUUCACAGGAGAAUUCUGAAGAAUCACAUUGGGGAAAGGAAUGGGUAGAUUUUUCAUCUGCAGGCAUGGAGGGCCCUGUGGCUGACAGGUCAGCCAUUUUGGAUUUGACAGUUAAAAACCACGAAAUGCAGAUCGAAGUCCUUCAGUCCCAGAAAAAUGAACUGGAAUUAAAUGCUUUACAACUAGAAGAUAAAAUAAAGGGCCAUUUGGAAGGGAUUACACAUCUGCAGGAUAGCAUAGACCAAUUAACUAGAGAACUACAAAAUGAGAGAGAGAAAAAUUUGAAUUUAGAAAUGCAGGCAUCCACACUGAAAGCAGAACUGGAAAGCCAUAACCAGGAAAUAUCUCAACUAAAUGAAGUUACAAUCAGGAAUUUAAAGGAGGAAUUAAUGAGGAAGAAAGAGGAGAUUGGACAACUUCACCAGGAUUUGGAAGUUGUAAAUGUAUCUCUUAAGAAUGGAAAUAUGUUGUUGGUCGAGAAAGCUGAUGUUAUAUUGUCCCUUAAAUCUCAGCUAGAGGUUCAGACUAAAGAGUAUGAAGCACACCACAGAAGACUUGAAAUGCAAUCUCUCGAAUCGCAAAAUAAGCAGGAAGAAGAGGUGGCGGAAGCAAAGGGCAAGCAACAGCUUCAAAGAAAGCUUCAGGCUGCACUGAUCUCUAGAAAAGAAGCACUGAAAGAAAAAAAGGCUUUGAAACUAGAAUUGGACACUGUUAUGAAUCUUAAGGUUGACCUGUCCAACAAACUACAGCUCUCGGAGGGUUUGGUUAACCAACUAAAUGUUGACAAAGAUACAUUGCUUCAGAAAGUAUCUGCUCAGAAAGUAGAGAGAGGCCAGCUUAUUGCUGAAAUUGACAAACGUUUAUUGGAAAACCAAAAUUUGGAAGCUUCAUGUGAAAGCCUAAAACUUGCUUUGGACAGUAUAACACAAGAUAAAGCUGAUUUAAGGAAAGAAUUGGAAUCCUUGAAGUUGUCUCAAAAUUCUCAGCUAUCUGAGUUGCAAGAAAAACUUACAGACUUGCAGAAGGAGUAUGAGACACUACUACAGUCUUAUGAGAAUGUGAGCAAUGAAACGGAUAGGAUGAAGCGUGCAGUAGAAACGGUGAGACAGGAAAAGCAAGAGUUAUUUAGUAAAAUAAAAAGUGUGGAGACUGAAAAGAAACAAGUAGAGAAUCAACUGGAGGAGGCAGAACAAGACAUUGAAAAUAUGAAAGAAAAAAUGAGGAAAUUUGCUAAGUCUAAGCAGCAAAAAAUACUUGAAUUGGAAGAAGAAAAUGAAAGAUUAAGGGGAGAAUUGCAACCAGCAGUGGGGGAGCAGAAGUGUAAUGCAACUGAUGCAGAAAAUUCCAGACUAAAAGAAGAGAUUAGUAAGGUCCACUCAGAAAACCAUAGCCUAACACUUAAGUUAAAACAGAUAAAGUCUGAAAAAGAUAUGGUAGCUCAAGAAAUAGAAUUGUUAAGAGUCCAGUUACAUAAUCUUGAGUCUCGUGUACAAAUGAGUCAGCUGGAGCAUACAUCUGAAAUACACGAAGAUGUCGUUAUUGAAAGUAAGGUUGAGACGGCUUGUGCACAACUUCCAGAAACUGAAGAGGUAAUUGAAGAACAACAGGCAUCUGUAGAGCUGGCUUCAAAAUAUGAGAUAAACCAACAACAAGAAGCCUUAGAGGAAAAUCUACAAAUGAAAGAACUGAUCAGGAAGCUAGAAAGUGAUAUCAUGAUGAAGCAAAAUGAAAUAGAGCGUAUGGAUGGAGAAAUAAAGGCUUUGAUAGGUGAUAAGCUUAGCUUGAAGACUCAGCUGACAGAUUUACAAAGUAGGGUUACUAAUAUGGAAAUAGAAAAUGUAGAGCUUGAAAAGAAAUAUCAGAUAGCUGUUGGUGACCUGGGUGAAGUUAACAGGCAGAAAAAUGCCAUUGAACUUGAGAAGGAUGAGCUAGAAGAAAGGCUAAUGAACCAGAUGGCUGAGCUCAAUGGAAGCAUUGGUAAUUUCCAGCAAGAUGCUAUGGAUUUGCAAGUAAAAAAUGACAGCCUGCAAAAAGAGUUAAGAAACCUUAAACUCCAGUUAGAGGAGGAAAAACGACAGAUGGAAAGGCAGAAGAUUGAAGCUCUGUCAGAGGCACAAAAGGAGUAUGUGGAAAAGUUAAAAUCUGCAAAUCGGAGUGCAAAAGGUGGGAAAUCCCAGUCAAAGGAGCUUCAGGAGUUGCUCAAAGAGAAGCAGCAAGAAGUUCGACACUUGCAGAAAGAUUGCAUAAAAUAUCAGGAGAGUAUCAGUAGUUUGGAAAGGACAAUAAAAGCUCUAGAAUUUGAGCACAAUAAGUGUGAAAAAGAAAAACUAAUCUCUAAUGAUAGACUAAUGAAAGCAAUGGAGGACACAAACAAGGCUCAGAAUGAUCUAGCAUCUUCUCGUGUUCUGCUUGAUGACACACAGAGUGAGGCAGCAAGGGUCCUAGCUGAAAACCUGAAACUAAAGGACGAAAUGCGGACAAUAACUGAAAAUACAACAGAAAUGCUGAAAAGGAAAGAGGAAGAUAUGGAAAGAAGACUUGAAAUAGAGAGAGACAAAGAUGGGAAACAAAUGGUUAAUUUAAAGGAGAAAAUACAUGCACUGCAACAAGAAAAAGAAUACCUUGAGGCAUCUAUUGUGAACUUACAAAGCCGUAUGAAUGAAAAGGACCAGGAAUUCAAGGACUUACAAGGCAACUUAAAUCAAAAUAUAGCUAAGCUUGCAGCCUUUACUCGAAGCAUGUGUUCUUUGCAAAAUGAUAGAGACCGUGUUAUAGAGGAGUCCAAAAAGUGGAGUGAGACAUUUACUAAUGCAAUGCAGAAAAAGGACAUUGACCUAAAUGACAAGGAGAAAGUUUGUUUGGAUCUUAAAAAUGAACUACUGCAUAUAACAUCACAGCUUGAAGAAUGUAAGGUUGAGGUAACCAGACUUCAAACAGAAAAUAAGGAACUUGUCAUAAGCGGGCAGACUGAAGCAGAAGCCCACCUAAAAUUGAAAGAUUCUCUGUUGGAAGAGAAAGCAAUUCUUUCAUCCUCUUUGGAGGAAGAGCAGAAGAGGCAAAGUGCUUGUCAGCAGGAACUGAGAUUGCGCACUCAGGAAGCAAAUGAUAGGCGUAAUCAGCUGGAUGCUCUUGAGAUAGAAGUGAACCAGAUUAAAUCUGAAAAUGAGAAUCUGCUGGAAUCAGUAAAAAGCUUAGAGGCAGAGGUCCAAAACUGGAAGUUGCACAAUGAGCAGAUUCAGAGUGAUCUACAGGCUUCCAAAUCACUUAUAGAACAGUUACACAGAGACCUGGAGCAGAAGGAGCAAGAUGUGGUGCAGUUGUUAAAUUCUCGUGAUGAAGCUGUGAGUAAAGCAGUUAGUGAACUGCAAGAUGUGCAUGCUAUUGAAUGCAGAACACUAGAAGAUAGACUCAAAGAAAGUGAGAGGGGGAGACUAGACAUGCAAGACCAAAUAGAAGAAUUAAAAACUCAAUUAAAAGCUGCACAAGAAGAGUUUGACCGAAGUAAAGGCCAGCUGGAGUCCUUCACCAAGUCUAUGUGCUCACUACAGGAGGAGCGAGAACGCGUUUUGAGUGACUAUCAACAGUUAGAGCAACGGCAUCUUGAUGCAAUUCUUGCCAAAGAUGGCCUAAUUCAAGAGGCAGCAGCAGAGAGCAAUACGCUAUGUGAAGAAUUAAGACUGUUGCGUAGUCGUACUGAUGACUUAAAUGCACAAAAUGCUAAAUUGAAUGCUCAGCUAACUCGCUACCGGGAUGACUUGAAAGAGCUUAUUUCAUUGAAGGACUCCCAACUGAAACAGCUCCUGGGUGAAAAAUUGCAGGAGAUUGAAAAACUAAGACAUGAGCAAAGUAACCAAGAGCAGCAGUUGGUCCAAGAAAAAGGCCAACGAGAGAUUUUACAACAGGAGCUAGAUGAAAGCAAGUUAGAAAAGCAGAGGUUACUGGAAGAGGUUAAUAACCUAAAACUCAAUGUAUCUCAACUGCAAGCUGAAAUUGGGACCCAAGAAAAUCAGCUUAAGCAGGCGAAGGAAGAGAUGCAGAUUUUGAAAGAUCAAUUGAUGCAGAUGCAGAAGGAACUGGUUCAUGUUCAAGAAGAAAGUUCUCGCAUACAGGUAGAAGCAGAACAGAGAGUGAAGAGCGCAGAAGAUGAACUGAGUAAGAAGUUGCAGAGCAUGCAGCAUGAUACUGGAAUCUUGCGUAAUGAGACCGAGACGGCAGAGGAACGAGUAGCUGAACUUGCAAGAGAUCUAAUGGAAUCUGAACAGAGGUUGCUAACUGCAAAUGAAGAAAUAGCUGGUCUUAAAGCUCAGCUCCAGGCAUUUAAAGGCUCAAUGAGGUCUUUGCAGGACAGUCAUGAUUUAGCUCAAGAAGAGAUACAAAGACUUCAGGAGCAACUGAUGGACGUAUCUGUCCUGGAUACAGAGCUCAGUGCCGUGAAGACAGAAAAGGACCGUCUCAGUACCAUGUUAUCAGAAAGCGACGAACAGCAAUACACAUUAAAAAUAGAGCUCAAAGAUCUUACUAAAACUUUACAAGCUAGGGAAGAAGAAAUAACAAGAAUGGCAUCUGAACUUCACACCUCACAGACACAGCUGCAAAACAUGUCCAAAACAAUGGGUAAUCUGCAGGAAGAUCACAGUAGGCUGCAAGGCACCUUGAAGACCCCACGCAAAGAAGUUGAAAGGAGUUUGCAGAGUCCUUCCCAAAGAGAAACAAAGAUCUCUAAUAAUGAAGACAGCAAAUCGGGUGAAGAACUACAAAAGGUGCAGACAGAAGUGCAAAACUUACAUACUCAGCUCAGUGAAACACUUAAACAGGUGCACCUCAAGGAACACCGAAUCCAGCAACUGAACUCAAAGUUUUCUCAGAUAUUUGAGGAGAAAAAUGCUUUAUCUAUACAAUUGCGUGGAAGCAACCAGCAACUACGAGAUGCUACCAGUCGAUCUUCAUCUCUUGAACGACAGCUUCAGGAAUUGCAGCAAAAGAACUUGGAAACCUUGCCAACAACUGAUUCUGCCCCUGGAGCCCCACAGGAGAAAAAGGAACCACCAAUGGAAGCAGAUCAGCAACUCUUGGAACUCCAGGAAAGGUAUUUGGGAUUAAAGCAGCAGAAUACUGAGCAAGAACAAGUGAGAUCAGUCCUGGAGCAACAGCUGAGAGAGGAGCGCCAAAUAUCAGAGUGCAGGAUUCAGGAGCUGGAAGAAAAUCUAAACCGGCUUAGACCACAUGACUGGUCAACUUCUCAGGACUCGGCGCCACAUGAGCUGUCAUUGCUAAUUGAAACCCAUGGAACUGCAAGUGUUAAGACACGAAGCUCGUCUUUACGGAGAUUUCUUCGGUUUUUCUUGUGUUCUCGCACCAAGGCCCCCCUUCUCUUCUCCGUUUACCUACUAUUCAUCCAUGUACUGCUAUUCCUCUGCUUUACUGGACACCUGUGAGUGAACAUGCCUCAAACGGCAAACCCUGGAGAGCAUCAGACCCUGCAUGCUGCAAUCCAUCAGGAAAUAAACUAAAACCACAAUUCGUGCCAAUCGAUAGAGCUGCUCUGUGGCAUCAGUACCUGAUGGUAAUAGACCAGGGCUACAACACAUAAAACCGUCAUUAGUAUGAGCACAGGAAGCAGGACACGUGUAAUCCUGCCCAGUUCACCUUUGUUGCCUUCUCCACAACCCAAAGCCUGACUUUUUGCUUCUUGUGAUUUUUUGAAUUUACCUUUUAUUCUCUUUGGGCAUUUUUUGGUCCUGACUUCCUCAUCUGCACCUUUUUCAGCAGUACGAUUAUAAAACUAGAAAAAUUGUAUGUUUGUCUGUAAAACCUUUGUAUAAUUCUACCAAAUCUGCUAACCCCUUCAAGGAAUCAUUGAGGACUGAAGCAUAUUUAUUAUAAUUAAUGCACAAAGACCAAAACUUUUCGUUCCUGUAAAUGUUUUGUAUUGAUGACUUUAUGCAAAACGGCUCUCAACAGCUAAAAGGUUCUAUACUAAUUGAAAUGGCGGGCAUUUUAUUCUUUUCAUGUAGAGAUUCCCUUUCUUCAGUUUGAUGAUGUUUUAAUGGUAUACAACACAAUGGGGGAGAUUUAUCAAAACUGGUGUAAAGGAAAACUGGCUUAGUUGCCCUUAGCUACUUUGUAAAAAUUAAAUUUGGAAUCUGAUUGAUUGCUAUGGGCAGAAUCUCCCACAAUGUCUUGUCAUAUUAGUGACUGUUUCACCCUCAGGCACAUAGAAAUGCAGUCUUCUGGAAGUGGCUUCCAUGUGCACAUGCAACUUCUGUAUAAAAAUAGGAAAAGCGUGGCCUCGUCAAGUGUAGAACUCAUAUAUGCAAUUAUCU